CUAAUCCAUCUACCCCUCCACCCUAAACCCUAUCCAACAAGCCUACACUCUCUCUCUCUCUCUCUCUCUCCUCUGAAAUUUGUCUGAUACUAACCAAUCCCUAUUUUCUUCUCUCUCUCUCUCUCUCUCUCUGUGAAACUCGCCGCAAAGAAUAAUUAACCGAACAAACCAGGAGGAGAAGAAAGGUACAUCUUUUUGAGUUUUGAGGCGUGGUGUUCUGUUUUGUUCUCUCUUUUGUGGAACUUGAAUCCCCCACUCACCCUGCAAAAAUCUGAAGACUGAGAGACGAAUGGGAGCAAACCCAGUAAAGAUAAUUUCGAAUUAGUUGGCAAACUUUUGUAUCUUUCUCUGUGCUGUGUUGUUCUUGUAUGAAUGGAACUUGAUAGCAUUGAAUGUGUAUUAUCGUCGGAUGGUAUGGAUGAGGAUGAGAUCCAUCUCCAACUUCAUCAUCAGUUCCCUUUGAAGGCGGGCGGCAACAACAACAGUGACGACAGCAGCAUCACGCCCGCCGCAGUUCAUGCCACCACUAGUGUCCACGAGCUGCUCGAAUGCCCCGUCUGCACCAACUCCAUGUACCCUCCAAUCCAUCAGUGCCACAAUGGGCACACACUCUGCUCCACUUGUAAAACAAGGGUACACAACCAGUGUCCCACCUGUAGGCAAGAGCUUGGUGAUAUAAGGUGCCUAGCUCUGGAGAAGGUGGCCGAGUCACUUGAAUUCCCUUGCAAGUACUGCUCCCUUGGAUGCCCAGAGAUCUUCCCAUAUUACAUCAAGCUCAAACAUGAGGCCUUGUGUAACUUUAGGCCAUAUAACUGUCCAUAUGCUGGUUCAGAAUGCUCUGUAGUUGGGGAUAUUCCAUUCCUGAUUACCCAUCUGAAAGAUGAUCACAAGGUUGACAUGCACUCUGGAAGCACAUUCAAUCAUCGUUAUGUCAAGUCUAAUCCACGUGAAGUAGAAAAUGCCACAUGGAUGCUUACUGUCUUCAACUGUUUUGGCCAGUAUUUCUGCCUCCAUUUUGAAGCAUUCCAGCUUGGCAUGGCUCCUGUUUAUAUGGCUUUCCUCCGUUUUAUGGGGGAUGAGAUAGAAGCCCGGAACUACAACUAUAGUCUGGAGGUUGGUGGAAAUGGCCGGAAACUAAUUUGGGAGGGCACCCCGCGAAGCAUAAGAGAUAGCCACAGGAAGGUUAGGGACAGCCAUGACGGGCUUAUCAUACAGCGUAACAUGGCACUUUACUUCUCUGGUGGGGAUAGAAAAGAGCUCAAACUACGAGUUACGGGACGGAUAUGGAAGGAACAGCAGAACUCGGGGGGAGGGGCAUGCAUACCAAAUCUCUGUAGUUAAGACUGGGAAUAAGUUCCCCCAUCCCCCCUCCUUGCCCCUUUGUUUGGUGAUGGAUUUUCUGGCGAAUUUCAAUGGCGGAUGUAGAUAUGAAGAAUUCUUUAAUUAUGUUAGAAUGGCAAGGGGUUUCAGCUUUUACGUUUUGUCAAAUAAGCUGAUUUUCACAUUUGCCAAAAUUGUCAGAAAAUGCUGUGGAAGAACAUUGGUAUUUGGGGAAGGGUUUAUAUAUACAUACGGCUUUGGUGGAGAUGUAAGAGAGAGAGAAGAAAAAGGGACUUGGUUUUGUGGAGGCUAUAACUGAAACUAACGAAUUCAGAAUGAGUUCUUUGCUGUUG